AUGGGUAUAUACACACUGGUUGUUGAUUCGGCUGCAGAGGUGAGUGACGAGCUUUGCGGAUGUCUGAGUUGACUAUUUUUUCUUUUUGUUUUAAUUUUAGACCUCUUUUUUGACGUUUUUUGAUGUUUUACACCAAGGUUGUCAUGGAUAAGUUAUUUUUUGUUCUGUUUGGUGUUAUGACUGUCUAAAAAGUUGUUAGAUAGCUUUGUUAGACUGUUAGCUUCCUUUUAUACUUGGAGUCUUAAACGUUACUUUGAUUUUUACUUGGUUAUACCUUAUUUUUGAGAUCAGAUCAAAUACCUCAUGAUUAAUAUAACUUUUGAGAUGUUUUCAGGUGCCAACGAUUCUUGUAGUAGCAGCAUGCCUCUCAUUCGCAUGUUUAGUCGCGUUUGCCGGCUCCUUCUUGAUUUCCAAGCUGGUUGCAUGGUGUGAGUUUAUCUUUGCCAUGGAUAAUAUCAAAAAAUCCCCGCAAAUCGCUUAUUUCUCCCCAUUUUUUCAGUAUUUCCCCCGGAAUCUCAAGAUGAAGCAGAGAUCUCACCCUCGCCCUCCAAUUCCAACCUCACCAGCGAAGUGGAACGGCCUCGCGGCUCGAGGAGACGGCGGAUUAAACGAGCGAUAAAACGAAUGUAUUCGAAUAUUAUUCAGGACGAUGGCAGUCGAUCCAGCGAUGAGAACUCGACUCCGUCGAACAACGGUCAGCCGGUACGGAGGAGGAGACAUUCGGCGAGUGGGCCGAUGAAUUUCGCGAGAGCUGCAAAAGAGUAAGAUGAAUGUUGCAAUUUGGGGUGGGGUGUUGUUUAUUGAUAGUUUUAUGGUAUGAUUUAGCUGUUUUUUGGACUGAAUACGUUUGUUUGUUUGUUUGCAGAAGACUUUCUGGAAAUUUUUAUAUUGCUCAUGAGCUUUGGACCUUGUUUUAGAUAAAAGUUGUUGGGUUUGUUAUUAUUUCCUGGAUUUUUUUAUCUAUUGAUGUUGCAAACGUUUUUUAAAAACAUUAGAGGCUGUAUUGAAUGUAAAUAAUUGAAAUUUUAUUAUCUUAAUAACCUUAUAUUACUUUAGUUUCUUCCGCGGCCGAUCCUAUCGCCGUCAAACGAGUGAGACUCGGGGAGUCUUGCCAAAGCCUCCACAAGAGUUUUUCGAGCCCUCAGCUCGUCCAGCAGUCCCCUCCGACAUGUCCCCCGAACUCUUCUACCUAAAACACAACCUCAGUAUGCUCGAACUCCCCGAAGAUUGGCCUCUAAAACAGUCGGACAUCAAAAUCCGCGACGUCAAAGACGAUGAGAUCAUUCUGCAGCCCGGUGAUGCGGAUGACUCGAUUAUCGUGGUAUUGCAAGGAUCAUUGUCGGUUUAUAUUUCGCCAUGCGAAGGGAAAAUGGUCAUGGUGAAGAGGAUUGAUCCUGGACAGAGCUUUUUUUCGUUAUUGUCACUUUUGGACAUUCUAAUGGAGUCUCCGAGCAAGUUCAAAACUGUUUCGGUCAAGGCGAAUGAUGCCAGCAGAAUUGCAAUGUAAGCGAUUUUUUGAAAUUUUUAGAUGACUAGAUUUUAUUAUUUCCAUUUUUUUGGAAGAUUUGAGAGUCAAAAUUUUUUUUGAACCACUUUUUACUUGAUUUUUUACCAGAAAUUUUUCGAAAAAUCGAUUUUUUAAAAAUUUGGCCACCACCAGAUGUCAUGAAUAAUAUAAAGCUGUAUAACUUUUUGAUUUCAGUUAUUCCUUCCACAAAUUCCAUCAAGACUUUAAGGAACGACCCUAUAUUUGGACCAGGCCCAUUCAAAUCAUCUGCACUCGCCUUCUCCAAGUCACGUUGACCACUUUAAAUCAACAUCUGGGACUUGGCGAGGAGUUGAUGAAGAGGGUAAGUUUUUGAGUUUUUUUCGUAAAAUACGGAUCGGCCGGCUUUUGUUUGCAUAUCAAUUACGGUUUUCAGAAACUGGACGACAAAUUUGACGAUAGAGGCCGUCAUAUUUCCGGUCAGUCCGUCCGAGGGAACAAGCAUCGCCCACAGCUCCGUCAGCGACGGAUGAGCAGCAGUGAUGGUGAGUUGGAAGCGGGUUUUGAGUUGAUUACGACAUUUUUUAUUGGAUUUUUACAGUAUCUAUGAUACGAUAAGACUGUUUAUGAGGCUCUGAGUUAUUUCCAAUCUGUUUAUUGCACUCUGGCUAUGGUUUCUAUAUUGUUUUAGACAUCUGAGGCAGCCUGGGUUGUUUGAAGGAAUUUUGAUGAUUUUUUGCCAAGAAAAUAAGAUUUUUUGCAAUGAUUAGAUAUUGUUUUAUCUAACGAAGAGAAUGGCAUCUAAUUUAGCCUUGAUUUUAGCCCUAAAAAUUUAGUUAUAACCCUUCAAACCCGGCCAUGUUGCUUCUCUUUCCAUAAUCUCUCCUUUCAAUUAACAAUCCUUGGUUCAAGCCUCUAUUUACAGCGCUUUUAACGAAAAUGCGCGGUCCGCUGAUGCAUUGCGCUUCCAUCGAUGAGUCCUCGGUGGUGCUAAGCCGAAGGGAUUCGCGCCGACUCCGCGAAAUCCCAAUUAUUGAGGGUUAGUUCUAGGUGUGAUGGGUAAUAUAAAGUGUUGUUGUGGGAACAUGCUAAGUGUUAUAUGAGUUCAAGCCGUUGUGAAUUAUGUUUUGUGGGAUAUUAGAGAGUCUGUGGUUGCUUCUGACCGAGAUUUUUUGGAUUUUUCAAGCGCUUCGGAGCAGCGAUAUUAUCCAUGGCAGCUGAUGAUUUUUAUUGGUGAUUUUUGUCUCGUUUUUGAUGGAGUGUUGUUGCCAUUCGUUGUCUGAGCACGUAAUACGGUUGCUUCUAUUAUUUUGAGUUUGCGGUUUUGGUAAAAUACGAAGUUUAUUAAUAAUAUAAAAAAAAAUUGGAGUUUUUUUGUCUAAAAUAAUAUUUUUGGUCGAUUUAUACGCUUGAUGUUCCUGCUGUAGUCAGUAGAGUUGUUUUUAGUGACAAAAAUGAGUUUUUGCAGGUAUUUAUUGAGUAUUUCAGACCAAAACGAGCUCCAGAACACGGCCGUGAAAUGGUUUGGCGAAGCCCUCCAACUCCCACAGGCGGAUGCUCAACGACUUUUGACCGGCAGACUUACGAUAAAACACUAUGAAGAUGGUAAAGUACUCGUUGAGCAGGCGUCAGUUGAUACCUCACAACUUAUUUUGGUCAUUCAUGGAGGCCUGAAAGUCACUCAAGAGAAUGAUGAUGAAGAUAAUGAGAACGAUGAGACUUAUAUUGCAUUGGUUCAGCCUAGAGAGCUAGUCGGAGGACUUCAGGUAGGAUUUGGAGGGGAUUUGAGAAGAUUUUUGGUAAUUUUUGGGAUAAUUUUUGUCAUGGAUAAUAUAAUUUUUGGUCGGAAAAUUUGGAAAAGCCAAGUAUAUAGGCUGAAAAACUAAUGGAGAUUUUGAAAAAAGUUGUUUUGACGAAAAAUUUUGCAGUUUUACCCUGAUUAUAUUGUACUAGGCAAGAAAAUAUUUUUCGGUUCCUAAAUUUUUCAUUUCAGCUCCUAACCAACGAACCAUCAUUUUUCAACAUCAGCACGGUCGGACCAACCACUGUGGCCGCCCUGGACAGGGCAGCAUUCUCCGAUCUGCUCGAACUUCGCCCGAAAAUUUGUCUUCCGGUCGCGUUCUGGGUGCAUCGACGACUCUCAACCUUUGUGCGAGCCGUCGACUUUGCCAUCGAUUGGGUCCUCCUGGACUCGGGACAAGCCGUCUACAGACAGGGAGAUUUGGCCGAAAGCUUGUUUGUGGUGCUGAGCGGACGAUUGCGGUCGGUUGAUAAGAAUACGGCCAUUGAAGAGUUUGGAAGAGGCGAUGCAUUGGGAAUGCUGGAAGUUUUGCAAAGAAAGCCAAGACAAACCACGGUGCUGGCUGUGAGAUACUCGCAGUUGGCGAGGGUUCCUGAGGGCCUGCUCAAUUUCGUCAAAAUGCAGUAUCCACAGGUAGGGAGGAUUGAUUAUUAUCUCCCAUUAUGUUGGUUUAGAGAUCUGUGAGGGGUAUUUUUGGAAAGGCUUUUAGAAAUCGAAAAAUUUUGAGGUUUUGAACAAAAAAUGUGUAAAAUAAUGUGAAAGAAGAAAUUUUUGUUUGAUUUAAAGGCUGAAAUUGAAGUUUUGAUGGGGAAAAUUUUCUGAAAAAAAGGUUUUUGCUAUGAUUUUUUGAAGAAAAUUUUUGAAAAAAUCAAAAAAAAAAUUUUUUUGCUGUUGGGGUAUGGGUGUCUAAAAUAAGGUAAAUUUGACCUCUUCUAGGUCUUUAGAAUUACUUGUAAUUUGUAAUAAGUUUGUUGUUUUAAAACGCGUUUUGCCGCACUUUGGCGCUUAGCCUAACAGAGGGCGGACAUUGUUAAAAUCGGCAUCUCAGAAUUGAACGAAAAUUGGUCAACUUAAUCACUGAUAGGCACAAAACAUUCGCUUUCUUUGUUUUUGCCCAAAAUUACCGUAUGGCGGCAUACUGUAACAUCAUUUAAAAAAAAAGAUAUGCCCUAAUCGAGAAAACGAAGCGCUAUUUCAGCGCAAAUUGAGUUCAGGUAUAUGUUUUCGAUCAUGUAGAACAUUUUUGUAAUUGUCACCGAAAACUAAAAAUUACAUCUAAGCUAUGUUACACUUGAGACAACAUACCAUUUCGGGUAUAAAAAAUGCAGUUCGGACGAGGCGCAGAUUUUGAAACCGGAAUACUAAACUUCAAGCCUCGUCUAACAAACCAUAAAAAUUUCAGAAAGAUCAAAUAUAUAGUUUUUGAGAUAUCGGACAUUCAAUGUCUCAUGUGCAAGAUCACCUUGACCCGGAAAAAAUCUGGCAUUCUUAGGUUUUUGGCUAGGCGCAGAUUUUGAAAGUUUCCAAUACAUUUUUAUGAGAUUUUAGGAGGAUAUAGAAAGUUUCAGAGGAAAAAAAUGAAUAGUUUUUGAGAAAUCGACCAAAAUACCUUGUUUUAGGUCAUCAGAUGCCCGAAAAAAUCUGGCAUUCCUAGGUUUUUGGCUAGGCGCAGAUUUUGAAAGUUUCCAAUACUUUUUUGUGACAUUUUAGGAGGAUAUAGAAAGUUUCAGAGGAAAAAAAUGAAUAGUUUUUGAGAAAUCGACCAAAAUACCUUGUUUUAGGUCAUCAGAACACAGAAUCGUAGCCAUCGGCGUACAUUUGACAAAAGUUUUGCAGAGAGCUCGAAUUUAUUUGUGACAAUUUGGAAAAAAAAACUGUAACACACACAUAUAUCUCGGAAAAAAAGAGAUGCCGAAGAAAAUUGGUCGAAUUUUCCAGCAACUUGACCUAUAACAGGUUCACCAUGGUCGAUAUCUCAAAAACUAUUCACUUUUUUCCUCUGAAACUUUCUAUUUCCUCCUAAAAUGUCAUAAAAAUGUAUUGGAAACUUUCAAAAUCUGCGCCUAGCCAAAAACCUAUGAAUGCCAGAUUUUUUCGGGCAUCUGAUGACCUAAAACAAGGUAUUUUGGACGAUUUCUCAAAAACUAUUCAUUUUUUCCUCUGAAACUUUCUAUAUCCUCCUAAAAUCUCAUAAAAAUGUAUUGGAAACUUUCAAAAUCUGCGCCUAGCCAAAAACCUAAGAAUGCCAGAUUUUUUCGGGCAUCUGAUGACCUAAAACAAGGUAUUUUGGACGAUUUCUCAAAAACUAUUCAUUUUUUUCCUCUGAAACUUCCUGUAUCAUCCUAAAAUCUCAUAAAAAAGUAUUGGAAACUUUCAAAAUCUGCGCCUAGCCAAAAACCUAAGAAUGCCAGAUUUUUUCGGGCAUCUGAUGACCUAAAACAAGGUAUUUUGGACGAUUUCUCAAAAACUAUUCAUUUUUUUCCUCUGAAACUUUCUAUAUCCUCCUAAAAUCUCAUAAAAAUGCAUUGGAAACUUUCAAAAUCUGCGCCUAGCCAAAAACCUAAGAAUGCCAGAUUUUUUCCGGGUCAAGGUGAUCUUGCACAUGAGACAUUGAAUGUCCGAUAUCUCAAAAACUAUAUAUUUGAUCUUUCUGAAAUUUUUAUGGUUUGUUAGACGAGGCUUGAAGUUUAGUAUUCCGGUUUCAAAAUCUGCGCCUCGUCCGAACUGCAUUUUUUAUACCCGAAAUGGUAUGUUGUCUCAAGUGUAACAUAGCUUAGAUGUAAUUUUUAGUUUUCGGUGACAAUUACAAAAAUGUUCUACAUGAUCGAAAACAUAUACCUGAACUCAAUUUGCGCUGAAAUAGCGCUUCGUUUUCUCGAUUAGGGCAUAUCUUUUUUUUAAAAUGAUGUUACAGUAUGCCGUCAUACGGUAAUUUUGGGCAAAAACAAAGAAAGCGAAUGUUUUGUGCCUAUCAGUGAUUAAGUUGACCAAUUUUCGUUCAAUUCUGAGACACUGAUUUUAACAAUGUCCGGGCCAAAUUACGAUUUGUAAUAAAACGCGUUUUAAGGCUUUGUCAUGAUUUUUUGAAGAAAAUUUUUGAAAAAAUCAAAAAAAAUUUUUUUUUUGUUUUUGGAUUUUAAUGUCUAAAGUAAGGUAAAUUUGAUCUCUUAUAGUCUCAAAAUUUAGAAUUAUUUGUAAUUUAUAAUAAUUUUGAUGUUUUCAGGUGGGAUUCCGCCUGGUCCGCCUUCUGGGCCAGUUCUUCAGCGACUCCAAACGCCCCAUUUCGAUGGCCCCGGCGCACGCCGCCUACAUGGAUUCGAGUUCAACGGACCCAAUGAGCCAGCUGAAAAAUCUCCACACUGUCGCUGUGAUGCCAGCCUCCCUGGAUGUCCCACUGACCGCAUUUACAUGCGAAUUGUAUCACGCUCUAAGCGCCUCGACCCGAGUUUUGAGGCUGAGCUCGAAACAGAUCGCCCAAACUCUGGGCGAAAGCGUACUGGAAAAACAGGCCGAUUUUCGGUUGAUGCACUGGCUGAACGCUCAAGAGGAUACGUACCCACUGGUGAUUUAUGAAUGCGAUUAUACGGCAACGAAUUGGACAAGAAGGUGUCUGAGGCAGGCGGAUUGCAUCCUUUUUGUUGGCCUGGGACAAGUGAAGCCUCCGAAGAAACAGUUUGUAAGUUGGAUUGGGAGAGGUGGAUAGGGCGGAUCGGAUGGGAAAGAAAUGAAAAGGAAUUUGAGAAAUGGUGAAAUUGAUUUUGAGGUUGUAAAAUACGACGUCGGGCGUUUUUGAUUGGAAAAAUUUUUGCACGAUGAGAAAAAAUUAUUUUUUUUAAAAGUUUUGGGGUACAAUAGUCAAAUUAAGUUUGCAAUUUGCUUUUAUCACGAUUUUUUGAGUCCUUUGGUUACUGUAAUUUUGAAAAUUUUUAAGAUUUUUUUGCACUGUGCAAAGAAAAAAGUUUUUUUUUAAGGUUUGGGGGAACAAUAAUCAAAUUGAAGUUAUAAUUUGCUUUUAUUACGAUUUUUUGAGUCUUUUGGUUACUGUAAUUUUGAAAAUUUGCAAAUUUUUUUUGCACUCCAUUUUCAAAAAAAUUUUUUUUUUUGGUUUUAUAAAAAUUUUUUUGCAGAUUGAAGACCACCUAAAAAUGAGUCAAGACGGAAUUCGAACCCGGAAAGAGCUGGUUCUCCUGUGGAAAGAGGAGUUCGAACAGCCAACCGGCACCUACAACUGGCUGAAGGGCUCCUGGUUCAGCGGCCAUUGCCAUGUGCGCGCCAACUCCCGAAUGUUCAAGUGGAACUGGAACGUGGACGAGAAGGAGGUGAUCCGCUUCUACGAGGAGCACGUCUUCAGCAAACGCCUCGAUUUCAACUCGGACUUUGCCCGAUUGGGCCGCUGCCUGACCGGAAAUGCGGUGGGAUUGGUGCUGGGCGGAGGUGGCGCCAGAGGCGCCGCCCACAUCGGCAUCAUCAAAUCGAUCCGCGAACACGGAAUCCCGGUGGAUAUUGUGGGCGGCACCUCGAUCGGCGCCAUGAUUGGCGGCGUUUUUGCGGACAACCCGUCUAAAGACGCCGAGCAAAGGGUUCGAGGAUGGUUUGCGGUAGGGAAUUGAGUUUCAAUUGGAUUAAUUUUGAAUUUUUUUGUUGUAGACGAUGUGUGUUCUGUGGAGAAAGAUUAUGGACCUGACAUACGCGUAUUCGGCCAUGUUCACUGGCGUCGGAUUCAAUAAGACUCUGCAGGAACUGUUUGGCGAAAGGAAUAUCGAAGACAUGUGGUUGCCUUAUUAUUGCAUCACAACGGAUAUUUCGUAAGUAGAGGGGAUUUUUUUGAGGAAUUUUUUUUUUUUUUUUUGAAUUUUUAGGAUUUUUGGGGAUUUUUUUUUAUUCUUGGGGAUUUUUUUUUGAAUUUUUGGGAUUUUCGGGGAUUUUUUUUUUAAUUUUUGGGAUUUUUUGAGGAGAGAUUUUUUUAAAUUUUUGGGAUUUUUUGGUAUUGUGAAGGCUUUCUUGGAUUUUUUUGAAUGCAAAAAUUGCUUUCGCGUAUUUUAAACGUAUUUUUAAGGUAUAUAGAGGCACUUCAAAGACUUUUGAGUGCUUCGGACACUAAUUUUAAAAAUGACUUUGGAAAUUUUUGAGAUUAAAAAAAAAAAUUUUUUUUUUAAUUUUGCCUUCAAAAAUUUUUUUUGAUGUCUAAAUGUACAUCCUGACCAUUUUCAGAACCUCCGAGAUGCGAGUCCACCGACAAGGACCCCUCUGGGCAUACGUUCGCGCCUCCAUGUCACUAGCCGGCUAUCUCCCACCGCUCUGUGACCCCCAUGAUGGACACUUACUCCUGGAUGGAGGAUAUGUAAACAACCUCCCCGCAGAUGUCAUGCGCUCGAUGGGAGCGAAAUGUGUCCUCGCGUGUGACGUGGGCUCGGCGUCAGAGACGAAUUUGUACAAUUAUGGAGACUCGUUGAGCGGGUUUUGGGUGCUAAUGAAAAAAUUGAACCCCUUCUCGGAACCGAUCUCCAUCUUGAAUAUGGAGGAGAUCCAGACAAGAUUGGCCUUUGUUUCAUGUGUCCGACAACUGGAACAGGUCAAAAAAGCGCCAUAUUGUCACUAUCUGAGGCCCGCGAUUGAUGCCUACAAGACGUUGGAAUUUAAUCGAUUUGAUGAAAUUCUGCAGGCCGGAUUCGAGUACGCGGAACAAGCGAUUGGAGAACUGGUCCAGAACAAUGAGAAUGUGAAGUCGGUCAUGAAUCCGGACGCGUUGAAGUCGCUGACGAGGAGGACGAGAAGAAAGGAACGGGCCCACUCGAUGAGGAACUCGUUCACUGAUUUGGCCGCUCAAAUCUCGAAAAUUCCGGGACGGAAACAUGGCGGAUCGCUGACGGAUGUGUCGGUCUUUGAUGAGGACUGGAUGGAUGAUGAUUGUAAGUGAAAAGUUUGGGGGUAUGAGACGAUAAGGGAGAAUGUGUAAAUUUGAUGAAGUCUUGAUGAUUUUGAAUAAUUUUGUGUGAGAUUUUGAUGUCAUUGGAUAGAGUAGUAAAUGAGAAAAGCUUUAGGGUAGUUUUGACAAGUUCGUCAUGCCUUUAUAUUGAUUUUAAGACCGCUUUUUGCCAUGGAUAAUAUAAUUUUUAUCGAAAUUUUGGAAAUUUUUUGUUUUUUUCGUGUUUUUAAGUGAUUUUAUGGCUGAUUAGGGCUACCAGGGGAUAGUACAAUUAUUUAUGAGCUUAAAUUUCAGACGAUUCAAGUGAAUUCGACUCCUACGACGAUAUGAGCGAAGCGGACGACGACCCGAACGCGACAACUCGCACUCAAACCCCACUAAUUUGA